GUUGAUCACGACCGUGUCUGCCCCUGUGCAGCCCUGCCAGGCGAAGGGGGACGACGACCAGUCCUGCCCGGAGGAGCCCAGCCACUUCGCCGGUCCACUCAACACUGUGUCAGACCAUGCAUAUCACAACGGUGGAUACUCGUGGGAGUUUACAAUCGAACAGAAAGUUGAGAAGAUUCCUGAAAAGCUCCUUGCGAGGCCGUCAGACAACGAGACAUGGAGGCGGUAUCUUGUCCGUGCACACCAACUCGAACCUCUGCUACCCUUUUUCGAAAACAUACUUUCAGUUCACAUUGUGGGGAAGACUUCGAAUGACAAGCAUUACGACGUCGUCGUAUGCGACUCUUGUGUCCCCCUACUCCACCAUGUCGGUUGCACAUUCAAGUUCCGGUCUGAAGACGGCUCUAUGGAUGUCGCACCCACUGAGUCCCCCGCCCCCGACGAGUUCGUUCAUGUCCACUCCGCCAAUUGCAACGACUCCAGCGGGAUCGUUCAUGUUGGGCACACCGAAUCUGACGACUUCAUCCGUGUCGAGUCCACCGAAUCCCACAAACCUCACGAAUGUGUCGGUGUCGGGCCCACCGAGUCCGCCGAACCCGACGAGUUCGUUCUCGUCGAGAACCCCGACACCAGUCUUUCCACUGAGUCUGCCGGUGCCAACGAGCCUACCGACCCUUCUACCAAGCCCGCCGAGUACAAAACUUUCGUGUCAGUCACUGGCAAUGUCGUUUUUGACGAUUUCAAAGGACUCGAGUUUGAUCACGGGCUGCGCUCUGGUGAUCUGUCCGACGAGGUCAAAGAGUCGUUGAAACAGCUCCAUUAUGACUCGGACGUGUCACAGCCGAGACAGGGAGAGAUCGAUGUCUACGGAUGUUGCAAGGCUCAAAAGUUGGCCGAAAGCCGAUUCGUCAUGACCGCCAUGCGUGCGGUUUCCUCGGGGAAGCACGGACAAGGUCUUGACCGAUACUAUCUUUCCAGCCCUGAUUACCGCAACGUCCGUGGCCUCUCGCUUGCAGUCGGGUGGGCUAUCCUUUUACGCGAUAUAAAGGUACUGCCCGUGUGUGAACAAUCGCUAGGAGAAGGAUCUAACAGCAACUAG